AUGACAGUCUUCCGGUCCUUGGCCAUUUUGCGCCCACGUCCGAGCAUUCUCAUCAUGCGGACGCCGGCUUCUUUCUGCACGUCGACGCGUCUAUUGGCCCAAAGACCAAAACCGCCUACAGAUGGCGGUGAGGAUGGCGGCGGCGGCGACGAUGAGCUAGAUGCAGCGAGGCGUUGGUUAGCAACCUUCGAUGCCGAAACCAUACCACGCAGCAUUUGCGACGUCUCGUUUAGUAGAUCGUCCGGUCCUGGCGGUCAGAAUGUAAACAAAGUAAAUUCAAAGGCUACUUUACGACUGCCGUUAUCGGCGCUGUUGCCUAUGCUUCCUACUAUACUUCGGCCUGCAGUAUCCAAGUCUCGGUAUAGUGCCAAGGAUGACUUGGUAAUACAGGCAGACGACAGCAGGAAACAGAAUGAGAAUGUACAUCGGUGCUUCAUCAAGCUGCACGACAUGAUUAUACAGGUGGGCCGUGAGGUAGUGCCUGGUGAGACUAGCGCUGAGCAGAUAGAGCGCGUCAAGAAA